AUCGUGCCAACGGUUUGGGGAGGUUGCUCCUUCACUCCCUCAAUCACUUCGGAUUUUGGAAAUCAGCAGAGGAAAGAGGUAGCCAAGAGCUCCAGGGAGAAGUCGAGGAAGCGAGAGACCGGUCAGAGAGCGCGCGCUGACGAGCGAGCAGAGAAGGACAGGGGCGAAGUGACUGACCUGCUUUUGGGGGUGACCGUCAGAGCGCGGCGUGAGCCCUCCCCCUUGGGAUCUUGCAUCGGACCAGUCGCGCUGACGGACAGACAGACAGACACCGCCCCCAGCCCCAGCGCCCACCUCCUCGCCUGCGGGCUGCCUACGGUGGACGCGGCGGCGAGCUGCGAGCAAGAGCCGAAGCCCGCGCCCGGAGGCGGGGUGGAGGGGGUCGGGGAUCGCGGGAUUGCACUGAAACUUUUCGUCCAACUUCUGGGUUCUUCUCGCUCCGGAGUAGCCGUGGUCUGCGCCGGAGGAGGCAAACCGAUCGGAGCUGGGAGAAGUGCUAGUUCGGGCCUGGAGAAGCCGGGGCCCGAGAAGAGAGAGGAAGAAGAUAAGGAAGAGGAGAGGGGGCCGCAGUGGGCGCUCGGCUCUCGGGAGCCGGGCUCAUGGACGGGUGAGGCGACCGUGUGCGCAGACAGUGCUCCAGCCGCGCGCGCGCCCCAGGCCCCGGCCCGGGCCUCGGUUCCAGAAGGGACAGGAGCCCGCCAAGGCGCGCAAGAGAGCGGGCUGCCUCGCAGUCCGAGCCGGAGAGGGAGCGCGAGCCGCGCCGGCCCCGGACGGGCCUCCGAAACCAUGAACUUUCUGCUCUCUUGGGUGCACUGGACCCUGGCUUUACUGCUGUACCUCCACCAUGCCAAGUGGUCCCAGGCUGCACCCACGACAGAAGGAGAGCAGAAAGCCCAUGAAGUGGUGAAGUUCAUGGAUGUCUACCAGCGCAGCUAUUGCCGUCCAAUCGAGACCCUGGUGGACAUCUUCCAGGAGUACCCUGAUGAGAUAGAGUAUAUCUUCAAGCCGUCCUGUGUGCCCCUCAUGAGGUGUGGGGGCUGCUGCAACGAUGAGGCCCUGGAAUGUGUGCCCACCUCGGAGAGCAACAUCACCAUGCAGGUAGGCACCUGUGACAUAGGGGGCAGGGAGCGUAGAAGGGUAGGGUGGUACAAGGAUGGGCAUUAGAAGGUUGUCUGGGCCUCUGCCUGGGAAACUCUGAUAGGAGGAACUAAAUUGGGGUUCAGGGUGAGGAGAUGAGGUUGGAGUUCAUUUCUACUAUGGGGAAGAAGACACCUGCAUUUCUGCACUUCCCUGCACUCGUUCUCAACGGUUUGACCAUCUCUGCUUUGAUGACCUUUGCUCCCUUGGCUCCACUGGGGCUGAUGACAGAAGUGCCCUUCUCCUUCUCUGGGGGAGCAGCCCCCAAGCUUUCCCUGCUGGAGGGCUCCAUUUGGGAACUGGAUGGAACUGCAGAGUUAAAAGCCAGUCUUGGGGUGCUGCGUAGUAAUGGGUGGAUUUGGGCCCAGACGGGGUGGAGAGUGGGAGGGAGUUAAGUGACAUA